CUUGACAUAGACAAAGCGCUACAGUUUUUCGGUUUACCGCGUUUUUGUCUUGUCCUGGCCGAAAAUAAAAAAAAUGGUUUCAUAUUCGGUUUCGCGCAGUAUAUAAAUUAAAAUGGAAGUGAAAGUUGAAGUACACACGGUGUACCCUUCUUCCUUGAAGAAAGAGUCUUCAAGACCUAUUACCAAAGUCUCCCAUGGAUCUUGGGAUACUCCUGACUCCACACCAAGACAUUCUGCAUUAUUGAAUAAGUCCAGUGUAGAGAAAAAAUCCAUUACCAAAGACGAAGAUGGUGAAAAAAAUAAACUGUCCAUUUUUGUAGUAGAAAAACGAGUGAGACUCUCUGAAGUAGAAAAUGAUAACGACGUAAAGGAAAAUGCGACGGAAUUAAAGAUUUUCGAUAAACUUAGAAGGUCUCAAAAGCGUCGCUUCGUAGUUAAUGACGAAAUAGAAUCACCGCAGAGUCCAGUACCAAUAUCACCGUCAAAGGCAAAGUGCAGGAUUUAUGGAUUCCCGACAUUAUUCUAUCCCUACAUGCCUAUUGAUCCACAGGGUCGCAUCUAUAUAACAUGGUUGUUUCUUGUAACUUUCUGCUAUAGUUACAAUGCCUGGGCCAUAGCUUUAAGAGCAACAUUUCCAUACCAAACACCAAACAACCUACCAAUUUGGCUAACAGCGGAUUACAUUUGCGAUAUAUUUUAUAUUCUCGACGUGGUUAUUGUGAAACCGAGGUUAAUGUUUCUGCACGACGGCUUCUGGGUUACGGAUGAAGUGGAAACUAGGAAACAUUAUAAGAAAAAAACCCAGUACAAGUUUGACGUAAUAUCUCUCCUACCGCUGGAUAUAUUGUACGUAUUUUUCGGUACAAAGAUGGUCAUACUGAGAUUUCCUCGACUCCUUAAACUGCAGACAUUUUGGGAGUUUCAUCAGGCAAUGGACCGAGUUCUUUCCUCGCCUUAUGUGGUACGAAUAGGAAAAACAUUGUUCUACAUUUUCUAUUUAAUUCAUCUUAACGCCUGCGCAUAUUACGCAAUAAGUGACUACAUUGGCCUCGGCUCCAAUUCUUUUGUCUAUGAUAACGAAGGCAACGCGUAUAUCCGGUGUUUCUACUUUGCUACUAAAACUGCUACUUCCAUAGGUAAAAAUCCAAAACCAGGCAACACAUGGGAAUAUUUAUUUAUGACUGCAGCGUGGCUGAUGGGAGUGUUUGUCUUCGCUGUACUCAUAGGGCAAAUUCGUGAUAUCAUUGCAACAGCCACGAGGCAGAAGACGGAAUAUCGUAAGAAAGUGGACGGCUGUGUGCGAUAUUUACGAAGAUUAAAUAUGCCUGCCAGUCUCCAACGUCGUGUUACCUGCUGGUUCAAAUAUACCUGGACGACACAACGGUGUUUCGAUGAGGCCAGAAUCCUAAACUCACUACCAUAUAAUAUGAAGCGCGACGUCGCACUCGAAGUGCACAUUUCCACAUUAAGUAAGGUUCAGCUAUUCCGAGACUGUUCUGCAUCUCUCCUCCGCGACCUGGUGUUGCAACUACGACCCGUUUCCUUUCUGCCAGGGGACGUAGUCGUUAGAAAAGGAGAUGUGGGACAUCAGAUGUACAUCAUAAAAACUGGGAAGUGCGUUGUUAUGUCUCCAGACGAAAAAGAAAUAUUAGCAACGUUGAGCGAAGGCUCCGUUUUUGGUGAAAUCAGUCUUCUUGGCAUCGAUGGACUUAGGCGGCGUACAGCUACUGUUCGAUCACGCGGCUAUUCCACUCUCUUUGCUCUCUCUCGCAACGACCUCGACAUAGCCCUAAAUUAUCACAAAGAAGCUGAACAAAUCCUUAGACGUAGAGCCGAUCAAAUAAUAAGAGAAAACGCAGCCAGGCAGACAAAGAAACAGAUAGCGAUAGACGCAAAGAGAGAGGACUCAGAUCUUAGAAAGAGAAGAAAGAGUGGGGGAAGUAGCGAGAGUGUAAAGAGUAGAAGAAUGAGAUCGGCAAGUGCUCUUUCGAAGCGGAAGUUGUCUAUGGUAUCUGAAGACAAGCCGCACCACGCUGAUGUACGAAGUGCUUCACCAGAUAUAAAGCGAAUAGAAAUGUCAACACCUAUUCCCACCAUCAUAUUUUCUAGAGAAACUAAUUAAAAUUUAGAAACCUAUUUAACUCUCUCUAAGACUAAGACUAAGAUUUUUUCUUUAUAUAACAUAUUUACGUGGCUUAAUCUAACAUUUAACACACGCUCGACAAGGAAAACAUCAUUUUUAAAACCAAUCGAUAAGUGUAUUACACGGCUGAUCACCUACUUGUCUAUGAAACAAAACUGAUCGGAGCUACGGAUGCAAUCUGAAGCCAAAACCCUUUUAUUAAAUACAUCAUUAUGUAGGAAUAAACCAAAAUAACAAUAAAUUUGAGGUGGUAGUAACAUGGAUUAAUAAUAUCCUUAUUGAGGGUUAGAUUUUAUGAAAAAAUCUCAACAUAACAAUUUGUUUAAAAACACAUAAACACCGUAGAUAAUUUGACCUAAAUGGCUUGGCAUCCUUUGAUGAGGCUUUGAAAGGAAAUGGCUCCUAUUGCCACGUACUUUGAUAAAAAAUUACGGUGUGUCAAGCACAGAAGC